AUGCUAUCCUCAAGUAUAACCAGAUGGAUCUCAAGUAUCCUCACUCUGACUAGUCCAUCCAACAAUGUGAAUCAAGCUCCUCUUUUUAUUCCCACCAUUAGGUUCCCAUGGAUCCAAAGUUUUGCUUCGAUAGGCGACUCGUACUCUGCUGGUCUCGGUUCAGGACAUCGCCUCGACUGGCUCUGCUCACGCUAUACACACUCUUACCCCAAUAUACUGCACAAUUCUCUCCUAGGUACGAAUCCAAACCGAACUCAUACGUUUCUUGCCUGUUCCGGCGCCACCAGCACCGAAAUCCUCGCUACUCAGGUGCCAGCACUGCCCCCUAACCUCGAUCUGCUCACCAUAUCAGCGGGUGGCAACGAUGUCGGGCUUACUGGUAUCCUAAGCGCAUGCAUCUACCAAUUCUACAUGGCCGCCGAAGACGCCUGCACAGAGGCCAUCGACAAAGCACGCGCCCGCAUCGCCAACGAGACAGAAUUAUACCACAACACCAGCCUCCUGAUCGACGCCGCAAAGCAAAAGAUGAACCCACAGCACGGCAGCAUUUACUACACGGGAUACGCGACCUUCUUCGGCGCCGAUGACGAAGCAUGCGACAACGUAACGUGGGCGAUAUGGAAAGACGUCGAGUGGGAGAAGCAAUACCUCACUCGCGACCUACGCGGCAAGCUCAACGACAUGGUCCACAGCGUCAACAGCAUUCUCGCACGAGCAGUCCAAGAUGCCGGGUCGGGCGUCCGCUUCAUCGACUACGAUGCAGAGAUUUGCCAGCUACGGGGCCGGUACUGCGAGAGCGGUGUUGUUGAGCCUGCGCCGAACCGGGCUGGACUGGCGUUUUACGAGUGGGCGACGGUGGAUCACGGCGAGAAUAGCACGGCGUUGUUGAAUCAGACGGGGGAUGCGGUGCCGAGGUUUUCGUUCCAGGGGGGGAUUGCGAGGGAGGUGGAUAAGACGUUGGAGAGGCAUCCGGGUUGGGAAAUCGAGCAUGGCAAGGGGUUUGUGGACAAGGAGAGGCAUGGCGGCGGCGAUGGUGGUGUUGGAGGAGAGGGGUGGCUGGGUGAUGAGCUUCACUGGCUGCUGCCGGAUAGCUAUAAGAGGGUUUUUCAUCUGAGACCCAUAGGACAUGAAGUUAUUGCACGGAUGCUGGUGGAGGAUUUGGACAAGAGGAGUGUAGGGCAGCGGACAGACGUUGAGGAGCUGUGA